AUGAGUUACUACACCAGAAGGGAACCAACAGCCGAGGACCAGAAUGCAUCUACGAACCUAGAUCAGGACUUACACUUAUCUAGAGACGGAAAGUACAAGAAGUCCGAGAAAGAAUUGAAAGAUUGGAUAUACAAGACACUACACGUGCUGAGUGAGAGAAGGAAAGAAUUUGACGAUCACAAUCAAGACCUUCUUGACAUUCUUAAAGAUGGCGAGUUUCUAUGUAGACUUGGAGAUUUGGCGCUUCCAGGUGGUCCUACUAAGAAAUACAAAAACCUGAGAAUGCCAUUUGUUCAGAUGGAGAAUAUUCUGUUCUUUCUCCAGACAUGCGAGCACAUAGGAGUACCACACGAAGAAACCUUUCAAACGGUGGAUUUGUUCGAGAGAAAUGACCCUUACCAGGUUAUCAUUACACUUAUUUCGUUUUCGAGGAAGGCCAAUGAGAGAAACCCGGAGAUUGAAGUUAUCGGCCCGAAGUUUGUAAAAGUGAAACCCCAAGUGCCCAAGAAGCCGCUAAAGCUAAGGGCAUAA